AUGGGGUCCGUUACAUAUCAAGAUGGAAUAGCUAUUCUCCAGCUCAUCAUUUUCCCUUUCAUCCUUGUCGCUUCCCUUUUCAUCUGGAAACGAACAGGCUGGAGAGUCGGUUCCAAGAUCUGGCGAUAUCCGUUCACCCUUUCGCUCAUUCGUCUUGCUGGCAGUAUUGCUACCCUCAUUUCGAUCAAUAAUGAUUCAAAGGAUGUCCAAAUUGCCAUAUUCGUGUGCGAGCUGAUUGGCAUUGCGCCUCUAUUGCUGGCUUAUGUCGGAAUACUGAGACUAAUUGAUAUGGAGAAAAAGAUCCCUCCACGUCCUCUCGCAUUGGUGACUCUUAUGGCCUUUAUCGGCCUGAUCCUCGGUAUUGUUGGAGUCAGCACCGCCGAUAACAAUGGUGGUUACACUCCGGGCAACCUCACCAAAGCAGCCAUGGGCCUCUUUCUCGCCGUAUACGCCAUCACCAUGAUCCUCACGGUCUGGCUGUUUUAUUCAUUCUCUUUGGCAAUGCUGAGCUAUCAGAAGAAGCUGUUCCUUAGCAUUGCGUUGUCCGCUCCCUUUCUAUUGGUUCGGCUGAUCUACUCAGCCCUCGGUGAUUACACCUCUUAUCGCCAUUUUUCAAUAGAAUCUCUGGUCUUAAAUGACCACACCAGCGUCACUGUCUAUCUGUGCAUGUCUGUUCUGGAAGAGAUCAUCUGCAUGGUCAUUGCUAUGGUCUUCGGCGUGUCGGCCAUUCUGGCGUCGGACUUUGUCAAGCCCACUCCGGAACGGGAAAUGGACCCGAAGGAGCGGCCUAAUGGUGUAUGA